AUGCCACCAACAGCAUCAAAGUUUGGAAGUCGGUGUGAAGUCACUGCAGACGAGCGCCUCAAACAGUUCGAUGCAAAGAUUGUCGAUCUUAUUAUGAGCGAGAUUAUGGAUUCAGAAACUUCGAUUUCUUGGAAUGACAUUGCGGGUUUGCAUCGUGUAAAAUCUACUUUACAGGAAGUCGUCAUAUUCCCGAUGCUUCGUCCUGAUCUAUUUACGGGUCUUCGCGGUCCACCCAAAGGGCUUCUGCUGUUUGGUCCACCAGGAACGGGUAAAACACUUAUAGGUAAAUGUAUAGCUUCGUCUAGUCAGUCAACGUUCUUCAGCAUUAGCGCGUCUUCUCUCACCUCAAAAUGGGUCGGCGACGGUGAGAAGAUGGUUCGCGCCCUCUUUACGAUUGCCCGUAUUCAUCAGCCUUCGGUAAUUUUCAUCGACGAGAUCGACUCGCUCCUUUCGCAACGCAGCGAGACCGAACACGAGUCAAGCCGUCGCAUAAAAACUGAGUUUCUGGUGCAGUUGGAUGGUGUGGGGACCAAAUCAGAUGACAAGCUUCUUCUUAUUGGCGCUACCAACAGGCCCCAAGAACUGGACGAGGCCGCAAGAAGACGUUUUGUGAAGAGACUAUACAUUCCUCUACCAUCUUUCGAUGCUAGAAGGGAAAUCGUGGACCGACUCCUUAAGCAGCAGAAACAUAGUCUGACUCAGGACGACCUCGACAUCAUCGCUUCCAACUCCGAUGGGUUUUCGGGAGCUGAUGUCGCUAACCUUUGCAGAGAGGCCGCCAUGGGCCCCAUACGUGGACUGACGUUGGAGAUAAUCCAGUCAAUACCCUGUCAAGACGUUCCGCCGGUAGAAAUGAAGGACUUCUUGAUGGCCUUUAAUCACGUUAAAGCAAGUGUAUCCUCGAAGGACUUAGAGCACUACUUGUCUUGGAAUCGACAGUAUGGUAGCUUCCAGGUUUGA